AUGAAGCUCACCGUCAUUGGCCGCUAUCAGAAUCCUCGCUGCUUCAAGUUGGCCGGGCGCCUUCCGUGCACUUACAAGGCCAACAAGAAGGCCUGGAUGACAUCGGAGAUGUUUCUCGAGUUCCUCACACACUUGGACCGCAAGAUGUCGAGCCAAAACAGGAACAUCCUUCUGCUUCUGGACCAGUGCGCCGCACACCCUAAGCAAGUUACGCUUUGCAAUAUAAAAUUAGUUUUUCUGCCGGCCAACACAACAAGCCAUCUACAGCCGUUAGAUGCCGGCAUCAUACGGAAUGCCAAGCACUACUUCAAAAGACUUCUUAUCACCCUUUUGGACGCGCUGCACUUCAUCGCCAUGGCGUGGGAUCGUGUCACGCCCACAACUAUAGCGAACUGCUUUGGCAAAUGCGGCGUUGUGGAGUCUGCGGCGCCAGCCUCGCAGGAGUCCGAGGACGACAUAUAG